CUACGAAACAUGAAGUUAUUUUACCUCUCUGUUCUGUAUUUAACUGCCAUCGGAGUGCCGACCGGUUGUACGAGACUGCUUUACAAAAAUGUGGAAACGUUCGACUUUGGCAACGAGAUAGAUGAUCGCGAUGGAGAACAGGGCAAACCCAGAUCCAACCGCACUGUGGAGCGAAUUAAUCUCACCGUACCAGGUACAAAAUGGUGCGGCCCUGGAAAUACCGCCAGUGAUUAUGAAGAUUUGGGAUCGAAAUCUGAAGUUGACAAGUGCUGCCGUGAUCACGAUCAUUGCGAUAACAUUCCAGCGGGAGAAACUAAAUAUGGCUUAAAAAACAACGAUUAUUUUACAAGAUUACACUGCAAGUGCGACCGUGAUUUCCAAAACUGUCUCCGUCAGGUUAACACAACGUUUUCCAACAAGUUGGGAAGCUUUUAUUUUACUGUACGAGAUCAGUGCUACAAGAAGCAGUACCCGAUUGUUGAUUGUGCCGAGCAUUCAAACAAAGUUUUUCUUCGACGAUGUGUUCGGUACGUGUUGGACACCUCACGCAGCGACAUGUGGCAAUGGUUUGAUCUACCCUUCUACGACGACAACGUAUUGGAUGGAUUUUGAGGGAUCUGUAGCACCGUAAUGGACUAUUUAUUUCAACAUACCACGUAGCACAAUGGGAGUUUCAACUUCACGAUCCAUUUAAUUGGGCAUCUGAGCCACAUGCUGGCAGGGAAA